AUGGGCUCCAUGUUCCGGAGUGAGGAGGUGGUGCUGGUCCAGCUCUUCCUGCCCACGGCUGCUGCCUACACCUGCGUGAGCCAGCUGGGUGAGCUGGGCAUCGUGGAGUUCCGAGAUCUCAACGCCUCAGUGAGUGCCUUCCAGAGACGCUUUGUGGUGGAUAUUCGGCGCUGUGAAGAGCUGGAGAAGACCUUUACCUUCCUGCAGGAGGAGGUGCGGCGGGCUGGGCUGACACUGCCCCUGCCCGAGGGGAAACUGCCAGCGCCCCCGCCCCGCGACCUGCUGCGCAUCCAGGAGGAGACGGAGCGCCUGGCACAGGAGCUGCGGGACGUGCGGGGCAACCAGCAGGCCCUGCGGGCCCAGCUGCACCAGCUGCAGCUCCACUCGGCUGUGCUGGGCCAGGGCCAUGGCCACAGCCCCCAGCUGGCAGCUGUCCACACAGAUGGGCUCUCAGAGAGGACCCUCCUGCUCCAGCCCCCUGGGGGGCCACACCAGGACCUGAGGGUCAACUUCGUGGCAGGUGCCGUGGAACCCCACAAGGCCGCCGCCCUGGAGCGCCUGCUCUGGAGGGCCUGCCGUGGCUUCCUCAUCGCCAGCUUCAGGGAGAUGGAGCGGCCGCUGGAGGACCCCGUGACGGGUGAGCCUGCCACGUGGAUGACCUUCCUCAUCUCCUACUGGGGUGAGCAGAUCGGACAGAAGAUCCGCAAAAUCACUGACUGCUUUCACUGCCACGUCUUCCCAUUCCUGGAGCAGGAGGAGGCCCGCCGCGGGGCCCUGCAGCAGCUGCAGCAGCAGAGCCAGGAGCUGCAGGAGGUCCUGGGGGAGACAGAGCGGUUCCUGAGCCAGGUGCUGGGCCGGGUACAGCGCCUGCUGCCGCCAGGGCAGUUGCAGGUCCGCAAGAUGAAGGCUGUGUACCUGGCCCUCAACCAGUGCAGCGUGAGCACCACACACAAGUGCCUCAUCGCCGAGGCCUGGUGUGCCUCGUGUGACCUGCCCGCCCUGCAGCAGGCUCUGCAGGACAGCUCGCAUGAGGCAGGAGUGAGCGCUGUGGCUCACCGCAUCCCCUGCCGGGACAUGCCCCCGACACUCAUCCGCACCAAUCGCUUCACGGCCAGCUUCCAGGGCAUUGUGGACGCCUACGGUGUGGGCCGCUACCAGGAGGUCAACCCCGCGCCCUACACCAUCGUCACCUUCCCCUUCCUCUUCGCUGUGAUGUUCGGUGACGUGGGCCACGGGCUGCUCAUGUUCCUCUUUGCCCUGGCCAUGGUCCUCGCUGAGAACCAGCCGGCCGUGAAGACCGCACAGAACGAGAUCUGGCGGACUUUCUUCGGGGGCCGCUAUCUGCUCCUGCUCAUGGGCCUGUUCUCUAUCUACACCGGCUUCAUCUACAAUGAGUGCUUCAGCCGUGCCACCACCAUCUUCCCCUCGGGCUGGAGCGUGGCCGCCAUGGCCAACCAGUCUGGCUGGAGUGAUGCAUUCCUGGCCCAGCACCCGGUGCUUACCCUGGACCCCAACAUCACAGGCGUCUUCCUGGGACCCUACCCCUUCGGCAUUGACCCCGUCUGGAGCCUGGCUGCCAACCACCUGAGCUUCCUCAACUCCUUCAAGAUGAAGAUGUCCAUCAUCCUGGGGGUCACACACAUGGCCUUCGGGGUGCUCCUCAGCGUCUUCAACCACUUGCACUUCGGCCAGGGGCACCGGCUGCUGCUGGAGACCCUGCCCGAGCUCGUCUUCCUGCUGGGGCUCUUCGGCUACCUCGUCUUCCUGGUCAUCUACAAGUGGCUGCGGGUGUCGGCAGCUGGCGCUGCCUCUGCGCCCAGUAUCCUCAUCCACUUCAUCAACAUGUUCCUCUUCUCCCGCAGCCGCACCAACCGGCCACUCUAUCCCGGGCAGAAAGUGGUGCAGUCCACACUGGUGGUCCUGGCCUUGGCCAUGGUGCCCGUGCUGCUGCUGGGCACGCCCUUGUACCUGCUGUGCUGCCGCCGCCGCCGCCGCCACCACGGCCACUCGUGGAGGAGGCCCUCCGGUGGACAGGAUGAGGACAAGGCCGGGGUCCUGGACUCACCUGACAUGUCCGUGAACGGCUGGGGCUCUGACGAGGAGAAGGCGGGGUACCCGGGGGAUGAAGAGGAGGCCGAGGGCGUUGCCUCCGAGGUGCUCAUGCACCAGGCCAUCCACACCAUCGAGUUCUGCCUGGGCUGCAUCUCCAACACGGCCUCCUACCUGCGCCUCUGGGCCCUGAGCCUGGCCCACGCCCAGCUGUCGGAGGUCCUGUGGGCCAUGGUGAUGCGCAGUGGCCUGCUCAUGGGCCGGGACGUGGGCGUGGCCGCCGUGGUGCUGGUCCCUGUCUUCGCUGGCUUCGCCGUGCUGACCGUGGCCAUCCUGCUGGUGAUGGAGGGGCUCUCGGCCUUCCUGCACGCCCUGCGGUUGCACUGGGUGGAGUUCCAGAACAAGUUCUACUCCGGUACUGGCUACAAGCUGAGCCCAUUCACCUUCACCAUCAAGGAUGAAUAGCACCCACCUGGGGGUCAUGCCCACACCCGUCCUUACCUCUCUGAGGCAGGAAAGGAAUAAAGAGGAGAGAGGCCCAGAAA